AUGCGAAGAAUUUGGCGUUGUCCGCGAUGCUCUCCGCAAAGCGCCCGGCGUCUUAAAGUUCCAGAGACUACGGCUAAGAAUCGCGGGAAGAAGUCCGCCCCGAAUAGCGAUGCAGGGUCCGAUCGUGGAGCUGGUUCCGUCUUAGACCUGACUGAGCAGCAGUUGGAAGAGGAACAGCUAGCAAUGGAGAUGGCCUUUGCAAAGCAGAUCGAGUUGCGGAAACAGCGUCUUGCUAAGCAGCAGGCUUGGAACGAGAGGCGGAUGAAGCUAGAGUGGGAGAUGCGCGAGCAGGAGCUACGAGCGCAGCGUGAAAUGGAGCAGCGGCAGCUAGAGCAUGAGCAGAAAAUGCUUGACUGCCAAUUGGCCGCAGAACGUGAAUUCUCGAAGAAGCGGGAUGCUAUUCGGAAACAGUUCGACGACAGCAUUAAUAAGGUCAACGCAUUGAAGGGCCAAUAUGGAGCUGUCAGCGGUGCUUCUGCCUCCAAACCGGAACAGAAGGUGGAUGACUGGAUGCUGGAUUAUCGCGGAGCAUAUCCAAAGCCAGGAUAUCUGCAGACGGAAGAUAAACUCGCGUGUCCGAAGAAGGUGCCGUUAGAUAAGUCGUUCACCAUCGAAGCCGGCCAAUUCGAGCGAAGUAACGAAGAUGUGAGUGACGGUGAAGUUUCGGAGGUCCCGCCGAGUAGAUGCAGUCGAAGCAGCUUUCAAAGGUGCGGAGAUGGAAACGGGUCGGGGUGUAUCGUGAGUCGUAUUACAAGAGAUCAGCUAGCUGCUCGCAAAGCGGUCUCUCAGAACCUUCCCAAAUUUAAAGGGGAAGCAGAAGUUUGGCCGUUGUUUAUCAGCAGUUUCGAGUACACGACUGCAGCUUGCGGAUUCUCAAACCUCGAGAAUUUGAAGCGUUUGCAGGACUGUCUACAGGGUGACGCACUUGAGGCGGUCAGAAGUCGGCUAGUGCUACCGGACUCUGUUCCGGAUGUGAUCAGGGAUCUUCGAAAUCUGUUCGGAAAACCGGAGAAGCUGCUCAGAACGUUGCUGUCGAAGGUGAGGAACGCGCCGUCACCGAGAGCUGAUCGAUUGGAGACGUUCAUCAGCUUCGGGAUAACGGUGAAGCAGUUAUGCGACCACCUUGAAGCGUCAGGACUUUGCGACCACCUAAACAAUCCGAUGCUGGUGCAGGAGUUAGUUGACAAGUUGCCACCGAGCUACAAACUGGAUUGGGUCCGGUAUAAGCGAGGGAAGGUGGACAGUCCGUUGCGAAUGUUCACGAACUUCACAAAUGACAUCGUUUCGGAUGUGUCGGAGGUGACGGAGUUCUCGACAUUGUCGCUAAGCGAGCGCGAGCCUUCGCGAAUGGGGAAAGGAAAUUCCCGAAAGAAGGAGUUUGUACAUCUCCAUGACGCGGACCAGGUUUCUGAUGAAAUUCAAAGAGAGACAGUAACUAAGCCGUGCUGGAUCUGUAAACGAACGGAUCAUCUCAUCAGGUGCUGUGAGGAGUUUAAGCGGAUGAACAUUGCCGCCAGGUUGAGAGAGGUUGAGCGACAAAACCUGUGUGGUCUUUGUUUGAACAAGCACGGAAACAGCAGAUGCACCUCGAAGAUUCGAUGCUUCAUGCAAAAUUGUCGUGGAGGCCAUCAUCCACUUUUGCAUCGAGUGGAGGAAUCGGUGCGGCUGCAGAAGGUAGAAUGCAAUGCUACCGAAAAGGCAGAUAGUGCGGUUAUUUUCCGUAUGAUGCCGGUGACGCUUUACGUGGGCAAACGACAGUUCGAUACUACUGCGUUCUUCGACGAAGGGUCGUCGGCUACGUUGGUAGAUGAUCUGGUGGCCAGGCGGCUGAAAGCAGAAGGUACUCUAGAGCCGUUGAUAGUGACGUGGACGGGCAAUAUCAACCGCUUUGAGAACGAUUCGAGGAAGGUCGAACUGAUGAUGUCGGCGAAGGGUUCGAAGGAGAAGUUUCCGCUGUUCAACACUCCAACGGUAUCAGAGUUGGUGCUGCCGAAGCAGAACGUGCGAUUCGCAGAUGUGGUAAAAAAAUAUUCCCAUCUUGCAGGCGUUCCGGUGAGAGAUUACCCAUCGGGAAAGCCGAGAAUCCUACUCGGGCUAGACAACGUCCACUUAUUUGCGCCGUUGGAGUCGCGGGUCGGUAAGCCAAACGAACCGAUUGCCGUGCGGUCGAAGAUUGGCUGGACAGUGUAUGGUUCGGAGAACCGAAGACCGAGUGCGUACACCUACCUGAAUCUGCACUCGAUCGUUCCAGCAAGCAAUCAAGAUCUCCAUGACAUGAUGCGAGAGCAAUACAUGCUAGAUGAGACAGCGAUUGCGACGUUCGCUGUACCGGAGCCCGUGGAGGAGAAAAGAGCUCGAGAGAUGCUUGAGACAACGACGAAGCGAGUGGGUGAUCGCUUCGAAACGGGGUUGCUGUGGCGUGAGGACGCACGACGAUUCCCUGACAGCUAUCCGAUGGCUGUACGCCGGAUGAAGGCUCUGGACCGUAAGCUGAACAGGAAUUCAGACUUGAAGAAAAACGUGUGCCAGCAGAUCGAGGACUAUCAAGUCAAACACUACGCGCACAAGGCGAGUGAAGCCGAACUGAAGGGUACGCCACAAACCGCUGUGUGGUAUCUACCGCUGAACGUCGUAGUGAAUCCGAAGAAGCCGAGUAAGGUGCGCUUGGUUUGGGAUGCUGCAGCAUCAGUGAACGGAGUCUCUCUUAACUCAGAGUUACUCAAAGGUCCGGAUAUGCUAGUUCCGCUUCCCAGAGUAAUCUGCAAUUUUCGGGAACGGCCAGUAGCAUUCGGUGGUGACAUUCAAGAAAUGUACCAUCAGAUCCGGAUCAGACCUGAGGAUAGGCAAGCGCAACGGUUUUGUUCCGAGCGAACAGUGAGGAAGCUCCGCAGGUCUCAAUUUGUGAAGAACUUGAAUGCAGCAGAUUUCUCGGAGAAGUACCCUGAAGCAGUAGAAGCCAUCGUGAAGCGUCACUACGUAGAUGACUACUACGACAGCGUGGAUACUAUCGAAGAAGCGAUCCAGCGAGCCAGCGAGGUGAGGUACAUCCAUUCGUGUGGAGGAUUUCGGAUCAGAAACUGGGUGUCGAACUCUGCUAGAUUUCUCGAACAAAUAGGAGAAAGGAGUGUCGAUUCCGCAGUGCAUUUCAACUGGGACAAGAACACCGAAUACGAGCGUGUGCUAGGCGUCGUUUGGGACCCGGUUGGAGACGAGUUCCGUUUUGCGACCGAAUGGAAAGCAGAGUACAACAAGGUUUUCCUAGAGGAAAAACGCCCGACGAAAAGAAUUGUUCUGAGCAUUGUGAUGGCGCAAUUCGAUCCAGCAGGAUUUCUUGCUCCAGUUACAAUUCUCGGGAAAAUGCUGGUUCAGGAUCUGUGGCGGACAGGCUGCGACUGGGAUGACGCAAUCGAUGAGCUGUCGUUCAGGAAGUGGUUGCGGUGGACCAACAUUCUCGCAGACGUGCCAGUGUUUAAGCUACCUCGAAGCUAUUUCGGAGCUGCGAGAUCAGAUGAGGUCGAAGAAGUCCAGCUUCACAUCUUUGCUGAUGCCAGCGAGACGGCGUACGGAUGUGUGGCAUACUUCCGUGCAAUCGUACGGGGUAAGGUGGUGUGUUCGCUAGUGAUGAGUCGAGCGAAGGUAGCACCGUUGAAGCAGCUGUCGAUUCCGCGGCUAGAACUCCUGGCAGCGGUUCUUGCGGCAAGGCUGGCACGAACGAUCGAGCAGAAUCACAACUUCACGAUCAGUAGAGUGGUGUUCUGGAUUGACGCAGAAGUGGUGCUGUCCUGGAUUCGGUCGGAUCAGCGCCGCUACAAGCAAUUUGUUGGUUUUCGCAUUGGCGAAAUUCUUAGUUUGACUAAACUGACAGAUUGGCGAUGGGUUCCGACGAGAUUGAACGUGGCGGAUCUGGUAACCAAAUGGGGUAAAGGUCUGGAGAUACACCCCAACAGCCCGUGGGUACGUGGGCAACAAUUUUUGUACGACAGUGUGGAAAAGUGGCCGAAGAGAGAAUUACUGUCGAACUGUAGACGAAAGAGCAAAAAACUGCCGAUUGAGACGCUAAAAGCAACGAGCAGGCAUAGCAGAGUUGUCACGACCCCUCGGUCGUUGCAUCUCACCAUCUAUAGCGCAGGCAACUCUAACGCACUCAGCUCUCGGUCGGGCGCUUAUGUCAGCUAG